UAGUUGAAGGGAGUGAGAUCCAGAAAGGUUAAGCCACUUGCCCCAGAGUCAGGGUUAGGAAGUGGUAAAAUCGAGAUUUGGAGCCAAGCCUUCUAAGGGCUUAGGAUGGGGAGUCUGGUGCAUGGUGAUUACUUGAAUUUUGGGAGCUGUCAUUUUUCUAUUAUUGUUAAUGUUAUAUAAUCUUCACUGUUCAGAAAGUCAGUGCUGGAGAUGGGCUUUUAAUGGUGGAGAGAGGACAUUGAGUCCAGCAGGGAAUUCUGCAGUUAUAGUGGGAGGAUACCAGUACUUAGAGCUUCCUAGUAAGUGUUAACUGAAACUUUGCAAAGACAGACCACAGUGCCUGGCUCAUAGUAAUCCCUUGACCAGUGUUAAUCAUAGCCACUGACUGACUUGGGUUCAAACCCUGGCCCUGUAGUUACUUGCUGUGUGACCUCGGGCCUGCCACUCUAAUCUGUAACUUGGAGAUCAUUUUUACUUUUUACCGCGGGUGGUUGUGAGGAGUCACUGACAUGUGAACAUAUUCAGUGCCUGGCACGUAAACAUUCAGCAGGAGCUACUGCAUGGACAUUGGAGUCAGGGAGAACUUGUUUUUGAAUCCUAGUAAAGUGCGUGCUAGGUGUGGCAUUUGGCAAAUGACUGCCCCACAAUGAGUCGGUUUUCUCAUUGAUUAAAAUGGGGCUAAUUAUAGUCCUCACUCAUGAGGGGGUUGUGAGGCAUCAGCGUGAUGCCUGGCAUUGGUCCUGGUGCAUAGUUAGUGCUUGGUAUGUGAAAUGCUGUUGUUCUGUCUGACUUAACUGAAGCCUCUCCAUGCCUUGCUCUUUGAGAGAUGUUGGUUGUAUUGUCUUUGUCCAGUGGUAAAAUCCCGAAGGGAAAAGGGAUCUUAGGAGCCAAGUACAGGGUGAAGUGAUGUCCGUGGUCAUGUUCAUCAUCCUACUUGGGAGUAGAGGAGAGACCCUCACAUCUGGGGACUUUGGGAAGGCUUCACAAAGCAGGUGGCAGCCAAGCAGAGUGAUGGAGAGCUUGCCAGGAGGACAGGAGGAGCAAACAUUCCAGGCACAGGCUCCAGGGAGCAGAGUGAAGGCGAGGGAGACAAUGGUCUCUGUAACUAUGGCCACUUCCGAGUGGAUCCAAUUCUUUAAGGAAGCCGGCAUUCCUCCGGGACCUGCUGUCAAUUACGCAGUGAUGUUUGUGGAUAAUAGGAUCCAGAAGAGCAUGCUGCUGGAUCUCAACAAGGAAAUCAUGAAUGAGCUGGGCGUGACUGUGGUGGGCGACAUCAUUGCCAUCCUCAAGCAUGCCAAGGUGGUGCACCGCCAGGACAUGUGCAAAGCUGCCACUGAGUCGGUGCCCUGCAGCCCCAGCCCCCUUCCAGGCGAGAUUCGCCGAGGCGCCUGUAGCGCCGCCUCCCGGAUGAUCACCAACAGCCUGAACCGAGACUCCCCACCCGGCACUCCCCCCAGGCGGCCGGACACCAGCACCUCCAAGAUCUCUGUCACCGUGUCCAACAAGAUGGCAGCAAAGAGUGCCAAGGCCGCUGGCUCCUUCCCGUCGUGGGGCCUUUGCCCUGAUGUUCCCUUCUCCUGGACCUUCUUCCUCCACAGACUUUUCCAUGCUUGGCCGCUGUUCCUCUUCCAGGUCUCAGCUGCAGCCCUGGCCCGCCGGGAGGAGGAGAGUUUGACUGGUGCCACCAAGCGGCGCCGGGUCACGGCCGAGAUGGAGGGGAAGUACAUUAUCAACAUGCCCAAAGGUACCACCCCCCGGACCCGGAAGAUCCUGGAGCAGCAGCAGGCGGCGAAAGGUCUCCACAGGACGUCUGUGUUUGAUCGCCUUGGCGCCGAGACCAAGGCAGACACCACGACGGGGAAUAAACCCACAGGAGUCUUCAGCCGCCUGGGGGCCACCCCAGAGAUGGAUGAGGAUCUGGCUUGGGACAGUGACCACGACAGCAGCAGCUCUGUCCUGCAGUAUGCCGGCGUCCUGAAGAAGCUAGGCCGGGCCCCAGCCAAAGCCAGUCCCCAGCCCGCACCAACUGUCAAAGCCAAGGCCACCAGCUCGGCGGCAACGGCUACCGCCCCAACGCUGCGGCGCCUGGCUUUUUCCUCACGACCUGGGCUCGAGAGGAAGCCGGAGUCCCUAUCCAAAGUCAGCAUCAUCCAGAGACUGGGCAAGGCUGCCCUUGUGCCGGAGGCCCAGGACAGCCAGGUCACGAGCACCAAGAGUAAGUCCUCGGCUGAGGUCAAGGUCACCAUUAAGAGGACUCUGGUGGGGCCCCGGGGGAGCAGCUCCAGCGAGGGCCUUGGUGCCCAGAUGGACCACGCGGGCACUGUGAGCGUGUUCAAAAGACUGGGCCGCAGGACCUUCUAGCCCAAGGGCGGGGCGCAGGCCCCUCUCCAGACUCCAGGCUCCAUCAGAGUCUUCAGCGAGGGCGCGCUCACCCCUCCCUGCCGGCUGCUGGAUGACACUGCUUGUCUCCCUCGGGCGUUCUGCCAGCCUGAGCUCUCUGGGGAUUCACCCGGUUUUUCUGAGUCUGAGAUGGUCAUUGUGGCCCGGCCUUGCCGCUCUGGGACUUUCCCUUCUCUCCCGUCCUCUGUUCUCUCCUCUCUGACCGUGGCCUUGGCAGGACCCACUUUUCUACCUCUCCAAGUGCCAAGUGCCCUUUUCCUGUCCUCCAUCCCCCAUCCUCCCUCUCAGCAACAUCUGCUGCCUCAAACCCCGGCUCCGGGCCUCCCUGUCCCCCAGGGUGGGUGUCGUCUGAAGGGGCUCCCGUAUCAUACCCCCACCCCCCCGACUGCCUCGCUUCCCUCCCUCCUCUGCCCCCUCCCCCCCGAUGCUUUGACUUCUCUCUCUCCGUCUCUUCACUCUGUUCAUUUCUUUUCUGUUUUCUGUCCCUGUGGCAAGGCCCGACUGUCCGCUGCGUCCUGCCUGACCCUCCUGCACCUCCGGCCUCCCAGCGGCCCCCUCGUCGGCGGCGGUGGCGUCGAGCCUGUAGAGACUGUUAGCCGCCGUCACUCCUAGGCUGGAGGGACCUCCCCAGACCCCAGGCUGCAGCUGGGGCACCUGCCUGGGCAUCUUUUUCCCUGAAAGUCGGUGGCGGGUGGCGGGUAAGGGGCACUAAGAAGGGAAGCCAGCACCGAGAGAAGAAAACAGCUAUUUUAAUAUAUUUUUGUGACUUUCA